UUUCUCUCCAAGUGAAAGUCAUGAGUGACACUCUCUUGCUGUGCCCCCGACCCUUGGCUCGUUGUGCCGGGCGACUUCUUCUCCUACCACUCCUGCCGCAAAGGCCUCCGCUGAAACCUCUGCCAUCCGAGAUAUGGUCCGAGGUUUUCUCAUUUGUCCUCUCAGAGAGUCUUGCCGCAAACCCGUUGGCGGAUAGAGCUCGAUUAUGCAUGUCCCUCGUGAUGGUUUGUAGAAGUUUCAAGGACGUGGCACUACCUCUCAUGUAUGGGAGGAUUAAAAUCCGUACCGUCAGCUGCCUCGAUAAAUUGUCCACUUGUCUGUGUGCUGCCGACCAAAAAUGGGACUCUAUCCGCAGGAUCCCCUAUUCUACACCCGGUCGUUGGGUGCAGGUGCUUGACCUCUCAGAGUUGGCAGACACCGUGGAUUCCCGGCUAGUCUAUACAGUGGACUUGCUCCUUACCAAUCUCUUCCCUCUCGUUCCCUUCCUGACAAAGCUAUGCCUGACUCCGGCUGUGCCAUUAAGCCGCCGGGUUUUCUCGUCGCUAACGAAUAGGGAUGGGAAUUCCAACCUGCGGUCUCUUGGUGGCAUAUGCUAUGAUGCAUCAUUUCACUCGCCCGUCGCCACCGGAGGCGAUCCAUUCGUCCGGCUACUUCAGAGAUGCUAUAACCUAGAGCGCCUGGAAAUUAUUGGAAGGGGCUUUGACAGUGAUUUUGAAUCUUUUCCCGAUGCUUUGUUUCAAGAACCAGCCUCAACAGUGAAAUUAUUCCUUCCCAAGCUUCAUAGUCUAACCAUUUUGUCAAUGCCGACCUCUUCCUUGUUGGUUUCCCUCCUCGAUACUAGGUUGCCACGCCUGAGAGCGUUGUCUAUCACGCCCUACGACGAUAUCCCAUACCCUGCAUCAUGCACAUCGCGUUUCCUGGAUGUCCACGGACAAUCCAUUUUCACACUCUCUUUCUUUACCCCAAAGUCCUGGCCGACACUGCUUCAUCCCUCGCCCUCUACACUAUUUCAUACCUGCCCUAAUUUGCGCCACCUCUCACUGGAGUAUCCGUUACCGGAACUCGCCUUACCAGAUUCAACGUUGCCUACGCUCCCCCUUCAGAUCGUGUCUAUCCCCAGGCCAGAUAUGAGGUUUUGGCGGGUCCUAGAACGGCUACUACCUUACCUACCCAGUCUCAAGGCUGUACGUAUCAGGGAUGUGCGUUGGCUUGACCCGGGCAUGUCCAACCGUGCACAGGAAACCGGUGUGCAAGGCGAGUUACGGAACUGGCGACGUCGUCUUGGACGAAGGGGAAUCCGAGUUCUCGAUGCUGACUGGCAGGACAUGCGUUAAUGUCUACCAGCCGGUAGACCGGGGACUUUGGAUCACAGAAUACUUGGAAAGUAACGGCUAUCGUGCUCGCGUAGGAGUAAGGAAUGAUAACCAUUCUUCGUUAGGUGACUGGUUUAACGACGUAUCGUCUCAUGUAUGUCAUGCUUUCCUGUAGCUUUGCGGUCAAUUGGAUCUGCCGUCUCCCCACUCAUCCGUUGGUAACUCUUGGUCUGAUAUCACUUUCGCCCGGAACCGGAGCCUCAAGUUCGGCGCAGGUGCUCUCCCACAGCAGCCGUUACCCGUUAUGUCGGAAUACGGCUAUAAUAACUGCGACUUCUCUUCGGCGUAUUCACCCGACUAACCAAGUAUUUUUCAAUACUGUGGCGGGUUACUCAGACCGGUCCGAUCAUAUAACAUUACUUAAAGAAGUGACAUUUAGCG